GUAAAGUUCAUUUCGACAGGAAAUUCUCGAGUGCGAGAAGGAGAGAGGAGAGCUUGGCCAUGGCGAGCUCCGCGUUCGCGUCUCCUUGGUCGCUCCGGUCGCCGAAGCUCCAAGGCCAGGCGUCGCCGACGGCAGCGAAGUCAAGCACCAGAUUACGAUUCCGCGGCGGUGGAUUACGCAGAAUUCGCUGCGAUCAUUCCUGCUUCGAAGUUAAAAGUGUUGGCUACCAUCCUCCGGGGACCCAGUUCAACCUUCUCAAAGAUGUUAGUUUUUCCCUCCCCGAGAAAAGUUUUGGCUUGAUUUUUGGUCAGAGUGGAAGUGGAAAGACUACUCUAUUGCAGCUUCUUGCAGGACUCAACAAACCAACUUCCGGUUCUAUCAUCAUUCAAAGAUACGGCGACAGCGGUGAACAUAAAGGACCUCCUGAACAUUUGUCUCCAGAGAAAGUUGGCAUUGUCUUUCAAUUUCCUGAGAGGUACUUCAUUGCCGACAAUGUGCUAGAUGAAAUUACAUUUGGAUGGCCAAGGCAAAAAGUUAGCACUCAGUCGAAGAAGCAACUUGCUUUCAAACUUCAAAGAGCUUUCAAUUGGGUUGGAUUGGACAGAAUUUCCUUAGACAAGGAUCCUCACUCGCUGAGCGGUGGCUACAAACGCCGACUUGCUUUGGCAAUCCAAUUGGUUGAAGUUCCAGAUUUGUUGAUAUUGGAUGAACCUCUGGCUGGUCUUGAUUGGAAAGCACGCACAGAUGUCGUGAAGCUUUUAAAGCAUCUGAAAAGAGAAGUAACAAUACUCGUUGUCAGCCAUGACUUGAGGGAAUUAGCUUCUUUGGUGGAUCGAUCUUGGAGAAUGGAAAUGGGAGGAACUUUGAGGGAAGAUUCGCUGCCUUUCUAGAGACGCCAUAAAUUGUCAUCUAAGUCACCAGCAUUAUUUCUAUCAUUGCUCCCUGCAGUCAUCUGAGGUGGCCGUAGCAAUCUCAGGAGGUCGGAGUUUUAAGCUGGCCUUCUCUCCUUCCGUUGACAUUAAGCCCUGAGCAGAACUUAUGUUGGCUUUGUCCUGGUCUAUCAAAUCCUUGUGGCUGCAGCUAUUAUCAUUAAAGGCUUUCUUGCUUUUGUACGCCUUACACUUGUUCAUUUCUGCUGUAUCCAUAGCAUUCUCUGGAUGGAUCUUUCUACGGAACAUUUGAAGGACCUGCAUGGAACAAAGGCAAAGUUCCUGUAAGUACCGUCUGCCUCUUCUUCAUUUACAUGCAAUCAGCAAACAUGUAGAUGGUGAUGGUGUCUAGCAUCUACACUGUCUAUGCUCCAUGAGCAUUCCUGAACAAUUAAGUACUAUUGAAAGAGAAAGUAUUGCUCAUGUUACUUAUCACUCCCUGGUAAUUAGAGUUUGUGAUUUUGUCACUCCUGAACUUCAAUCAUAUAAAAGCUGGAUGCUGCCAUUUGCAUGGCAUAAGACACUUAGAUUGCUCUGUUCUUGUUAUUGUGGACUUUGAUAUGACUAACCUCAGAGUUUCGCCAGAAUCAACACAUCUGGCACUCUUUGUCAAGAUAUAUUUGAUCAAGAGACUGAAAAAAGUUGGCAGACACCUCUGACUGUCAAAGUAAAAUUUUGGAUGAAAGUUCCUGAAUACUUAUAUGUGGAUAUGCUAUUUUGAGUGUCCAAUAUGAAUGACUGACCUUAUGGAAUUUUUUCUUGGGCAAAGAUGAUUCAGUGGCAUCUCCUCCAGUGGAAUGACUUGGGGGUCUUGAAGAAGCACACAGCUUUUUGAGAAACUUCUUCAUAAUAUGUUUGGAAGAUUUAUGUAUUGGCUCGACUAGUUUAGCUCCCAUCUCAGAUUUCUUUGAACAAUCUCCACCUGUUUUCCUUGUUUCUUGAAACAGCUGCAAAAGGGAUGCCUUUUGUUUCUUCAUCUCUAUCUUUGUUUCUGGCAAUUCGACUGAAGAGCCGAACAGAUAUCCCUGUAGUGGAAAAACCACUGUAUCUGCAGGUCCUUCAUCUUCAACUGCCUCCAUUUGCGGGCUGUCGAGUGUUAUGGUGCUGGCAUAACUAUUCCUUGAUGAUCCCUUGUGCCCUUCCUCUUGAGAUUCAGCCUCAAGAAACUUCUCUAGUUCAUUAUUUAUAACCUUCAAAUCAUCCUCUGUUACUUCUACUGCUUCUUUGGUCAUGUUGUCCAAAGUCACAGCAAAUGUUGGCGUGGCAGGCUCACUGGGAGCUGCUUCUGAACCCAGAAAUCCUAUGGCAAGAAAGCCAUGGAAAAGUUCAGUGGAAGUUUCUGGUUCAAGAGAGAUGGAAUUUCCAUAUUCCUCUGCUGGGCUCUCUGAUGAUUUGGGAGCAUAUCUGGAGCUGAAGUUUGGCAUUGUGAAUAAGUCUUUCUCAUCGUGCGGUUGUUGUGCGGAAAGACAGGUGCAGUAGCUCCCUGAAUAAUAAGUUCAAUGAGAAACAUAUACUCUAGCUGCAGCAGAGGCAAAAGAUAAGGAAGAAAGGGAAAUGCUUUGAGACUGAUUUCUCUAUUAACAACUAAUGUUUCAGUCUUGGUAGUUGUAGUUGAAAGGGCAUCUCGUUACAGCAUUGACAUGGUCAUGCUCUGCAUAUAAUUUAAUUUAAGUAUCUAUUGCAGUAGUGUGGGCAACUUAUAGAAGCUGCUCAUAUAAGCCUUGUGAUGUGAAAAGUUGGCCUGGCCAGUUUUGGCGGGAGGGAGAGGGAGAGAGAGAGAGACUUAGGCUGUUCAGUUAUCCUAUAUUUGCUUGCAUUAGGCUGUCCAUUGAAGGAAACGUUGAGUUGGUCGAGCCGACAGCAUUUGUAUCAUGGUUAUUGUUGUUCUGACAUAUCUAUUUCAAGUAAAACAAAAAUCAGGAACUGAGAAUACCGAUGGCGAAAUCUCUGAAUGUCUCGAUGCUAUUUUGCCGUAACUUUUGGUGCAUCCAACCUAGUAACUGCCACAAUGACAAUGAAAACAAGACUUUAGCAUAGCUGACACUGAAGUAUUAGAACUUGGUAGAGUGUGGACGUACCUUCAUUAUUGUCUCUUGGGAGAACCUGCUAUCAGAUAUUUUUGGUUGUCUGCAUAGACAUGAAUGAAGAUGAACUUUGAUCUUUGAAAGGGAUCGAGAGCCUAUAAAGGAAAGGUCAGGAAGGGGGAGUUUCUUAAGCUGACAGGUGUAGAGUUGAAGUAGUUGCUUGGAAGGUGUGAUAUAUGCACAAAGAAGAGAGAAGCAUAUACUAGAGUACAAAAUUGCGGUUGGCUUUUCUUUGUCUAGAUCAAAUCAACAGGACAAGUUGGUGAGCAUAUUGAAGAACAGUGAAGUAUUCAAGUUGUGCAGACACAGAUGCUUGUACUGGGUUAUUCAGAUGCAUGAACAUGCAAGAAUUUACUUUGAUUACCUUUAUAUUAACUUGUAUAAAAGCCAAUGCAAUUUGCUUGAUGAGGUUGCACAGCCAUAUGAUAGAAAACAAAUGUGUCUGCAGAUGGACACAUGAUGAGCUGGAUGGAUAUAUGUACAGACCAGUGCUGUCAUUCUCGUCUCUAAAUUCUAUACAUGUACAACCCUGCAUGCAACACAGUUUUCCUUCAAGUUUUAGUCCAUUAAGUAUAGUGAGGGAUAUAUUUGUUGAACAUGUCACUUUGCAAGAUUUUGAUUAAGAGGAAAUAUUUGUUAUUAAAUACCUUAAAGCAAAGGAUGGAUUUUCUUUUGUACUUCCUGCUAUUAGAAAAAAAAUUAUUUCUUCCCGCAUCCUUGUCAACCAGUUCCAUUGCGACUGCCCCCUGCUAAUAUGUGACAAUGUAGACUCAGUUUUGCUGCUUCUAGAAAAAGCUCUGUUUUUUUCUUCCUUGGUUUUUUGUGGAACUCUUGUCCACAUGGCAUCCUUCUGAAAUUUUUUGCUUGGUGAUGGCAUGCUUCUAAUUGCUUCAGUUGAUGGAUAAGUUUAUGAAUCCUGUGCAAAUUUUAAGAGUCUCUACCAUAAGAACUACAUAGAGCUACAUGGAAUCUGAUCCAGAGACAGAUUUAUUUAGCUACAAUUUAUUUCAUGUCAAUCUGAUUGCUAAUUUUUUUAAUUUCAUCUCGAAUAAAUCAUGUUUCGAAGUGACAAUUGGUCCUGUAAAGAACCAUAGAUCUUUUCUGUUUUCGUUGUGAUUUAUUUGCAUUUUUGUGACGAGUGGUUCCUGCAGACUUUGAAGUGGAAUCCUAGCUUCUGCGUUGAUAUACUUUCUACAGUAUUUAGCCGUUAUUCUUCAAUGCAUUUUCCUUCUACUGAGUUGCUAGCCUUCAUAGCAUGUGUCCCACUGUUUCUAAGUCUUGGUCCAUAUCUUUACAUCAGAAAUCCUCGUGACAAAUUUUAGUUGACUGUCUUUUUUAUUUUGAUGCAAGUCGAACACUUUCAGACAGGCCUCAUUUUUCAUCCCUUCAAUUGAAAUUCUGAAGUUCUACUUUGCUUAAUGAUAGUGCUGCAAUAAUUACUUUGGCUGUAACGUCUGACACUUCUAGGAAAUUGUAUGUCUAUUGGAGGAAUGAUGUUGACACUACUACAUACUCUGUACGCAUUAUGAACAGCAACUUCGAUUGAGUGGCCCUAAGGGUCUCUGCCUUCAUUCUCUGGAAGCAUCUGUGGAGUAGGGAUCCGAGAGGUAGCUGUUGCGAACCUGGGGACAAAAGCCACGUUAGAAGCUCUCAAGUAGCCUUAUCAAAAGUAGGAUUAUUUCGGAGGCAGCCGAGGCAUCAGGAAGAAGGUGGAAAGUGUCCGACAGAAACUACUGCUCUUAGUUCUAUUUCAUAUCACCAGUUCCAUUAUAAUGGUCUAAUCAACACAACCUAAUCACGGAAAGUGAGGCAUGUAACGGAAUAUCUUUGCCUUAACCGAUCAACAUGCUAAUGACCGGAUUUUGUAUUGACUGAUUUGAUUCACGUAGAUUCAUUCUUCAUGAUGUUUUGUGAAGAAUGACAAGCAUGAUGCGUGCUAAAGC